GUAUUGUGUAUAUUGCCAAGUAUACGGAAACGUGAGCUAGCUAGCUAGAUACUGUAGUUUUUCAAGCAAUAAAUAGGUUAAAUAAAUCAAGUUAACUUCUCCCUUUGAUUAAUUCCACCACGGCAAAUCUUUCUAGGACGAUGUGAGGCAUAAGGUUCAUCUGAACACCUUUGGAUUCUUCAAGGACGGGUACAUGGUGGUUAAUGUCAGUAGCCUUUCAGUGAAUGAACCUGAAGGAGCCACAGACAAGGACACAACCAUUGGAUUCAGCCUGGACCGUACAAAGAAUGACGGGUUUUCUUCCUACCUGGAUGAAGAUGUGAAUUACUGUAUUCUAAAAAAAAAGUCCAUCUCCGUCACCCUUCUAAUCCUAGACAUCUCCAGAAGCGAGGUGAGAGUAAGAUCUCCACCAGACGCUGGUACCCAGCUACCAAAGAUCAUCUUCAGCAAGGAUGAGAAAGUCCUUGGCCAGAGCCAGGAGCCUGGUGUUGACCCUGUUCCAGCGGGCAACCAGACUCAGCAGAAACAAGACGGUGGAAAGUCUAAAAGAAGUACGGUAGAUUCCAAGGCCACGGGAGAAAAAUCCUUUUCUGUUCACAAUAGCGAUGGGGCAGUUUCUUUUCAGUUUUUCUUUAACAUCAGCACCGAUGACCAAGAAGGCCUCUACAGUCUUUAUUUUCACAAAUGCUCCGGGAACGAAUUGCGGUCUAGCGACGAGCUUUCCUUCAGCCUUGAUAUUGAGAUCACAGAGAAGAACCCUGACAGCUACCUCUCGGCAGGAGAGAUCCCUCUCCCUAAAUUAUACAUCUCUAUGGCCUUUUUCUUUUUCCUUUCUGGGACCAUCUGGAUUCACAUCCUUCGAAAACGACGGAAUGACGUAUUUAAAAUUCACUGGUUGAUGGCAGCCCUUCCUUUCACCAAGUCUCUUUCCCUGGUGUUCCACGCGAUCGACUACCAUUACAUCUCCUCCCAGGGCUUUCCGAUCGAGGGUUGGGCUGUCGUGUACUACAUCACUCACCUUUUGAAGGGGGCACUGCUGUUCAUCACCAUCGCGCUCAUCGGCACCGGCUGGGCUUUCAUUAAGCACAUCCUCUCCGACAAAGACAAGAAGAUCUUCAUGAUCGUCAUCCCGCUGCAGGUUCUGGCAAACGUGGCCUACAUCAUCAUAGAGUCCACCGAGGAGGGAACGACGGAGUAUGGCCUGUGGAAGGAUUCUCUGUUUCUGGUAGACCUGCUGUGCUGUGGGGCCAUCCUCUUCCCCGUGGUGUGGUCAAUCAGGCAUUUACAAGAAGCGUCAGCCACAGAUGGAAAAGCUGCUAUUAACUUAGCAAAGCUGAAACUUUUCAGACACUAUUACGUCUUGAUCGUAUGUUACAUAUACUUCACCAGGAUCAUUGCAUUUCUCCUCAAACUCGCCGUUCCGUUCCAGUGGAAGUGGCUGUACCAGCUCCUGGACGAAAUGGCCACGCUGGUGUUCUUUGUCCUAACGGGAUGUAAAUUCCGUCCAGCCUCAGACAACCCCUACCUGCAGCUCUCUCAGGAGGACGACCUGGAAAUGGAAUCAGUAGUGACGACGUCAGGGGUGAUGGAGAAUAUGAAGAAAGUCAAGAAGGUGACCAAUGGGUCGGUGGAGACCCCAGGCGACUGGGAAGGCACCGCGUGAUGGAGCAGCCUGGCGGCGGGGACUGUCGAAGAGAACAUUUAAUUUAUUAAUAGUCCUAGUGGUGAGCGGGGGCGGUCGGCACCUCCCGACGGUGACACCACAGAGCACGUGGCCGGGAACAAAGCGUCACGGAAACCUAAUUUUUUACUCUCUUCUAUGGAAACUGGACCUGUGGCUGGUUAUAGGCAGCUAGAAAUCUCCUUCAGGUGGGAAUGGUUCGGGGGGGCAGUGUAGCCAGGAGGAGGAUAAAAGGAAGACUCUGUUUUUAAUUUAUAUUUCUUUCUUUUUUUCAUUGGGAACUCUCCAGAAAUAGGUAGUCAUGCCCCGGGUGUGUCACAGCAGAGACCUUGGGGGAGGGGGCAGGGGGGCGGCGGUGCGAGGCUGGAGCUGGUCACGGCUCGGGAGCAGGGUCGCAGGAGCUGAGCAGGGACUGAGGAUACAGGGACAGAGAAGGGAAAGAGAACAUAUCGUCGCAGCUUUGGGGGACAAAAAGGAAUGAAGUUAGGUUAUUUUAGAAAGCAAAGGCCAAGCCCAAUUUAGUUAUACGGAGCCUGCCCCAGGAUUCCUGGCCCUGAGUGUCGCCUCAGACCUUGAUCCCAGAUUCUGAAAGUGACCAGGAACCAGCAGCUCUAGAGGCCCGGUGGUCGUCUUCCCAAAGGGGCUCUGUCGUCUGAGGGCUGAGUGUCACUGUUAGAGUCACGGCUCUGCGACUGUGGUGGGAAGUGCUUUUCUUGAUUGAAGGGUAUUUAGUGUUGUCUGAUGGGUGGGCAGAAAUGUAUUUUUCAGCUCAAGAAGCAUCAUCCAGUAGGGUUUCCUCAAACAGCUGGCUCCUCUGACCACCCAGAGCAGGGCCACCUCGCUUCCCUCUGUGCUUGUGUUCGCGUCUGUCUCGUGUCAUCAGAACCCGGGGAGAAAUGGGGAGGAAUCUUCCUUGAGGAGCAGCUGGGGGCAGAAAACGUAGUGUUUAAGCAAGUACUUAAGUACAACUAAGUCGUCAUCAUUAAAAAGCUCUUGCUAUAAACCGGGUAGGCUUUCUAACAGGAACGGAACAGACUCGUGCCUGUAUCCCCGGAGCGUGCAUGCGAACAGAGCAGCUGUGGUUGAGCAGAGCUUUACCCUCAGGGACUGGCGAUGGCGACGGCGAGUUCUUCCUCAGACCCCGCAGAGGGCCCCUCCCAACGCCCAGAGCCUGGAGAUGGACACAGGUAGCCGCUUCCUGGGGGGACCGGUGGUGCAGCUGGUAGCGAAGUCAUCUGGAUAACGGGACAAGCUCGGAACGUCCGCUGUGACGCAGGGAAGGAGGGCUCGGCAAUAAUUUCCCAGCGUGGUUUUGGUCGCACGGGCCUGGGGCAGGAGGCUGAAACGCGGCCUCGUCGGGAAUGCUCCCAGGGUACCGGGACCCCUUGCCUGCCUGGGCCUCUCGGGGGUGGACAGCGGCCGUCUCCCGGGGUGGAUUUCUCACCCCUGGCUUGGGGGAGUCCAUCAGAAGCCGCAGGAUUUGGGGGUGGCACUCAGGAUCCCAGACUUGGGCACCUGAGCAGAGUCCUCAGAAAGCGGUUGUUUUCUAUCUCCUGGGCCGCUUUCUCUCCCGGAUGAAGGGGCAGGAGAGUUUUCACGUGCUCACCUUAGUCCCCUCUGUGGUCUGUGAGGCUCUUCCUGCUCGAAGUUCUGUCGCGGCCAGGCCUGUGGUGCAAGGAGGCUCCUUCCUGGGCCGCUGCCGCUGCUGACCCUGCCACAGACUAUAGGGAAGGGGCCAUGUGUCUCCCCACCUUCAGGAAUGAAGAAAUCUGCCCAAAGUAUUUACUUAAGGGACCUUUUCUCUUUUCCUUCCUUCCUUCCUCCCUCCCUGCCUGCCUCCUUUUCUUUCCGUCUCUGUAGUCAGGUUGGGGCUACAGGACAGAAGAAGGAAGUUGCAGGGAGGGCGGGAACGUUAAGACUGUGCUUUCGUGGCAUAAACACGGUUCCCGUGCUUCUGAAAUGUGUCUUGUGCUGUGGCCCAAACCCCCAUAGGCGCUUCCCUCUGAGGGGCGCAUCCGCUGUUUGUCCUGCAAGCAGAUGUUCUGGAGCAGGCCGUAGACUUCUUGGCCGGACCCAAAAGUGCAACGAAAGCUUCCCCCUGGAAGGGUCCCCGUGGAAGCGAAGCAGUGAGGGAGCGAGGGAGGAGGGGAGCGGCCGUGGGCACCGCCGACCUGACGGCCGUCCCGGAGCCGGCCGUGGCGCCCGCCUUGGCGCCCGCCGUCCGCUGGCAGAGCCCGAGCCUCAGCCACCACGGCGGGGCGUGAGCCAAGCGCGUUGGGCUUCUCUGUGCGACACGUGUGCCUCUCGGCUCGUGCACACCGCAGCCGAGUGGCCGCACGCGACCACCUGACCCCUCCGGAACCGGAAGGUGCAGGCGAGAUAAGGCAGUGAUUUAGGAAUAAGGGCUGACAAGCGGGUCGUCUGCCCGCAGCCCAUGUUGUAACUGGCAGGUGUGAAGUGAGGCCAGGGAUGGAGAAGAAUCAAAACCCCCGCCCAAGAUGGGGAAAACUGGUUCGCCCACAUUUUUACAAGUUAUUUGUGCUCUCCAUCCCGUUCUGUAAAAACAUCCUCUCUCUGUCCGUCACGUAGUAGCUGUGGCCGGCGUUCAGCUCUGCCCCCGAGGGAAGGGGACCGACCGAUGGGUUCCAAGCCAGGCAGGUGCCCCGGCCCCUCCGGCAGCCCGGUAUUCACGGCUACGCGGGCUCCCAGGGACGCGGGGCUACAGCGUAGUUAAGCCCUUCGGUAUUCCAGGGAUCGGGCGGGAGGGACUGGGUGCACGUCGUGGAGCGAUCGGCAGUAUUUAUGGCUUUGUUUUGUGCUCCCGCUGCCCGUUUCUGCCUACGCGUGCUACCCGUGCUUCCUUUGAGAGCUCUGCUGUGGACGGCAAGUGCGGCCGGCCGCGAAAGGUCAGGAAGUAAGGGGGGUCUGUUUUCUUCCAAUGAGAUGUGUGCGUUUUGCUAGAAAGCUACUACUUCGACGAUAAGAACAAUCAUCGAUCUCUUAGUCCUGGCUCUUAACAGUGGCCGGGGACUCCACCAGCCUCCUUGUCGGUUCCUUGCUGCUUUAAAAUUUCAGUAGCAGCGCACUUGAACUUGCCGAAUGCAACUCGGGUGAAUCGGAGGCCCGUUCUCCCCUUAGGAGGUGCUUCCUCUAGUGUAAAAAAUGGUUUCUCAGGUCAUAGCCUGAGUCCGUUCCGUUUUCUUCCAAGAAACCACUUUGGAGUACAAUAUCCAGGUUUGGUUUGCUUUCGCCCGGACACAGCUGGCCAGCCAGCCCCAGCAGCGCGGUCUCGUCGUAAGUCUGCUCCGAGCUCCUGUCGAGGCGAGAUUUCUGCGCCUGCCUUAUGAUCUCAUCGGGAUAUCUGCUCUGUCCUGUUCCACAGCCGUCCUCCUUCCUCCCCCUCCCCCUCCCCCUCCCCCUCCUCCCCACACCUCUCUUCCUCCCCCCUCAGCCCACGGCUAUCAAUUCCACGGAGGCUCCGUCUGGGAAUACGGGCCGAAGGCUUUGGUGCAUUGCAGCAUUUGCUCCCAGUAGCUGUGUGAAGGAUGUACUUCCUGAGCUAAGGAGAAUUUUGUCCAGAGCGUAGGCACUAUGCUGUGUUUUAUGCUUUGGAC